AUGAUGUUCGGAAUCAUUUGGCUUCUGACACUCAGUUAUGCUGCAUUCGGCUCCGUUCUACAAGAUCGAAAAAUCCCUAUGUUCGCAACAAAGCUAAAGGGCAAGGACCUUGUCACCUACAUCAACAAAAAUCAAAAGCUUUUUACGGCCGACUUUUCGAGGAGAACUCCUGACUCCCGUUUUAUGAGUUUGAAGUUCCUGCAAUUAAAAAGCGACAUACCUCGCGCUGAAGAAAUUCCUUACGAUGGUCCGAUUCCAGAAAGGUUCGAUGCUCGAGAAAAGUGGCCACAUUGUAAAUCCAUACAGCAAGUGCGAGAUCAGACCAAGCCAUGCGCAUCAUGCUGGGCAGUUUCCGCAGCUUCGGUCAUGUCUGACAGAGCAUGCAUUCAGUCAGGGGGAAAAAUACAGACUUUGAUUUCUGACUCCGAUCUCUUAUCGUGCUGUGGAGGUGGAAAUGAAGUAUGUGGAAACUGUUAUGAUGGAGGAUAUCCCAUGAAGGCCUGGGAACAUGCUAUAGUCAACGGCACCUGCUCUGGGGGCCCUUACGGAGCGCAGAACGCUUGCAAACCAUAUCCAUUUUUCCCUUGCGGCCACCACAAGGGCCAAAGAUACUAUGGCGAAUGUCCGCCAUACGGCUACGAGACACCAAAAUGUAGAUAUGAGUGUCAGUCAGGUUACCCGAGGAGGUACAACCAAGAUAAAAUCUUUGCUAAGAGCGCUUAUUAUGUCAAAGACACGGUGAAGGCUAUUCAAAAGGAAAUAAUGCUCAACGGUCCAGUUCAAGCAUGCUUCGAGCUCUAUGAUGACUUCCGCAAAUACAAGAGCGGAAUUUACAAGCAUUUUGGUGGAGAAAAAAAAGGUGGUCACGCCGUAAAACUCAUCGGAUGGGGCGUGGAGCAAAUUGAUAACCAAAAAGUGCCAUACUGGAUCGCCUCCAAUUCCGAAAACUAUGAUUGGGGAGAGAACGGAUUCUUCCGGAUCAUUCGUGGAGAGAAUCACUGCCUCAUCGAGACCAACGUAAUAGCUGGAUUCAUGAAAGUUUGAAUAAAGCUGAAAGGAGAAUGAAACGUUUCAAGGCUUCCUAUGAAGUUUCGUUCAUUGUCUCCCAAUAAAUAUUGUUGACUAGAAUGGGAACCGAGAUGGG